UUGGCGUUUAGACGUGUUGGUUAAACAAAUGAAAAACGGUGUUUGUUUACAUUUUUCGUUGGUUAGAAUUCGUUGCUUUGCCUAUGUGGCUGCAGUGACUGUAAACAUUUUUAUUAAAUCACAUCUUUGAAAAUAAAUGGGAGGUUAAGAAUAUGUGGUAAUUUAUUUUGCGACCAUUGCGUCUGAACAGUAAACAAAUAUGGAAUUGAAGGAGUGGGAACACAUGGAACAUCCAUUAGCUCCACUCACAGCUCUCCAGAACGAUGCUUUAUUUGAUCUCUCAGAAGAACUGAACAGGCCACCAAUGAUACGUAACUUAGCAACCGGAGGCUCUUUGGACAUGACCGAUAGUUCGCAACCUCGAGACAAGGAAUUGUCGAAGGAACUGUCAGAUAAGGAACAGGCAGUUCAGCAGAUCGGGAACAAAAUAAAAACUAAGGCGCAGUUCCUUUCGUGGCUUGAUACUGUCGAGAAAGAGUUAUUGGAAGAAGAUUAUUGGGAGUACUCGGAUUACAUGGCCCAGUUAGACGAACACAGGCAGGAGUGUGGGAAACUGUUAACCGAGGUAGAAGCUGCAUUGGCGAAACUGAACGAACUCACGGAGCAGUACAGGGUGGUUUCCGACAGCACCAGAGCUGUUCAUGACUUCAGUCAGCAGCUUCUCACGGAUCAGACAAAACUACAAGAGACGUAUGAAGAAGUCAGUAAUCGCUUGAAAUAUUUCACAGCCAUAGAAACUUUGUCUAAGAGAUUAUCAUCUCCUGCUCUGUCGGUGUCCAGUGAAUCUUUCUUCAGCAUACUGGAUCAGUUGGAUGAGUGCAUGGGUUACAUAGAGAAACAUGGGUCGUGGAGAGAAUCAUCUGUUUACAUGGUAAAGUAUCGUCACUGCUUGUCGCGUGCGGUGUCCUUGGUGCAAACGUACAUCACAGACACGUUCCACAAUGCAACUCAGCAGGUGCUCUCCCAACCAAUUUCUCCUGAGGACAGAGAGACUGCCCUCACGCUUUGCUAUGGGAAGUUCCAGGCGUCCGCGCCUCGUGUCAAAGCAGUCAUCACACACAUAGAGGAGCGAGCAGACAAGAGACAAGAGUACGAGCUGCUGCUCGCGGACUGUCAUCAGUCGUACUUUACUCAGAGAGAGAAGUUGCUGAGCACCAGCAUGGUGUCUGCCAUCACGGAACUGGCCCAAGGGAACCACGGAGAUCACUGCUCAUUGGUCCGCAGUGGCUGUGCGUUCCUGGUGCACAUCUGCCAAGACGAGCAUCAGUUGUUCUACCAGUUCUUCGGGCAGCCAACACCGUUGCUGACUUCCUACCUGGAGAGUUUAUGCACGUCCUUGUACGAUGUUCUAAGGCCUUUCAUCAUCCACAUCAACCACUUGGAGACAUUGGCCGAAGUGUGCAGCAUACUUAGGUUAGAAAUGUUGGAGGAACACGUCCACAACAAUCCUGAUCAACUGGAGGCUUUUGGUCACGUGGUGUGGCAGUUGUUGCAAGACGUGCAAGAGCGCCUAGUGUACAGAGCUCAUUGCUACUUCGAGACUGACAUUCUGCAUUAUCACCCGGUCUCGGGAGACCUUGCGUACCCUGAGAAGCUGGAGAUGAUGGAAAGCAUUGCACAGUCUAUGCCAGAGCAGGGGAGCGAUAACCAAUCCCUACGUCGCUCGGAGUCACGUUCUUCAGUGAUGUCGCUUGGCUCGACAACGUCACAGGAAGUGGCAAACAUCAAUAGUGGGAGCAGCAGCAUUUCGGAGCCACAGCACUCACGAGUUUUCAGUUCUCCGGCAGAUUUGCAUGGCAUGUGGUAUCCUACAGUGCGCCGCACGUUAGUGUGUCUCUCUCGUUUGUAUCGCUCUGUAGAUCAGCAUAUUUUCCAGGGUUUGUCACAAGAAGCCCUAAGUAUGUGCAUUCAAAGUAUAGCAUCGGCAGCAGGUGCAAUCAGUGACCGGAAAACUCCUCUAGAUGGAGAACUGUUUCAAAUUAAGCACCUCCUGAUCCUUCGAGAACAGAUUGCCCCUUUUCAAGUGGACUUCACAAUAAAGGAAAUGAGUCUAGACUUCACGAAAAUGAAAACUGCGGCAUUUGGUCUCAUUCAUAAACGUAAGAAUCUGUUUUCUCUGGGCACAAACAAUGCCUUGCUAGAAUUUCUUCUUGAAGGUACCCCACAAGUUAAAGAGAGAUUGGUUGAUUCUCGUAAAGAAGUGGACAAGCAACUGAAAUCUUCUUGUGAGGCCUUCAUCAAUUAUGCCUCAAACAUGUUGGCCUCUCCUAUACUCAUUUUCCUGCAAAAGGCUCAGACUUUCUUCUCUCAUGCUGCAGACAUUCAACCCAACACAAUAACUUUAGCGCAGCAACCUUUUGCCAGCCCUCAGUCAGUUGCUGCUAUAGUUCAAGACACCCAACGUCUUAUCAAGUCCAAGUUACCAGUCAUUCAGCGAAGGAUGCAGUUGUACUUGGCCAAUCGCGAGACAGAGUUCAUUUUAUUCCGGCCCAUCAGGAAUAAUGUAGCUGCAAGCUUUAUGCAGCUGCAGCAGGUCUUGUCUAAUGGUAGCUAUUCCAGUGAUGAUCUUCUAGUGAUUGGAUGCCCCUCGCCAGAGCAAGUGACGAUUCUCUUGUCGUCUGCAUCGCUUAUAGGCGAAUGACAAGCGUGGAAAAGAUCUCUGCUCUGCAAAAAGUAAAUUAUUGUUUGAUAGGAAUGAAUAGAUUGCCACAUUUGAAUUUUUUUUCACGAACAUUUGACAUUGUUUUAGUGCCUCAAAAAUAAAACUUUGAUAAAGCUUUGGGCUUUUCUUUAUAAAGUUGUACAUUCCUUAUUGGGUGAUGUGUUAAUGCAUGUAAACCUUAUAUGUAAGGUCAUGUUUUGGUUAUGGUGUGGUAUUAGUAACUUUAAGGCUAGUUAACGAUUGAAUAAUUUAGAAUUAGCAGUAAGAAUUAGUCUUGUCUUUAACGACAAUGAUGAAACGUUAAACUCGUAUGAACAGCAAUAUUUUAAGGGCAAGGAUUAUUCUUACUGUUAAUUCUGAAGUACUCAAUCGUAAAUUAGCCUUUAACCUGUUUGAUUCUUUAGUAUAUUGCAGUUUAAGCUGUUUGUGUAAAGGCUUUGCGUAAGUGCAAUUACUCAAGAAAAUGUAUAUUUCCAUGUAUCCUAGAGUGUAAUUUUCAUUGCAAUGUACAUAGAACCGAAUGUUCAUAUAUAAUCAUAAAAGUAACACUUAUUCAGUGUGUGAAUUGUAUAUUGCAUUCAAAAUUAUAAUUUUAAUAGAGAACAUUUCUAUUCAUUUUAAUGACACUACUUAUUAUGGUCCAAAAAAAUAAAUGUUACUGAAAUAAGUUUGUAAGCUAGGUGAAAAUUGACUACAUUUUUCCUAUGUUAUAUUAAAUCUGUGAGGGGUUUUUACAAUAAUUAUUUUUAUCAAAUUGAUGAACACAAUUGAAGUCUUAGAUGUGCAUAGACUGUACAGUUACACAUUUUAUCAUUAAUAAAUUUAUAAAAAAAUUUGGUACUAGCUGCUCCUAGCUAAAUUUCUAGUCACUCUACUGUGUUUAAUAGCAUGAUUCUACUAUAACAUUUUGGUGCAUAUUUAGGAUGUAAGAAUAAUAUAUUAAGAUGGAAUUGGAUUUCUCUAAAUACAAAUAUGUAAAAUUGUUGUUUGAUUUAGUUUGGCUAUGAUAAGUACUCUUGGUAUUAAAACACUGGUUUUCUGCUAUAUAAGUUCUCCUAAUUUAUUUUUGAUGUCUUGGCUGAAAGAUAAUUUAAAAUAAGUUAGUUAAUUUUAAUAAGUAUGUUGGUAUUAUGUAAAAAUAAAACUUGACUUUUUGCACUUAAAAUGUAUUGUUCAAAGGAGAACUAUAAACAAAGGAAAUAAAGUUUUUAAAUCUUUACUGGCAAACUUUUUCAGUUUUUGAAUAUUAUUAAUUGUGAAUCAUCCUGUUUUAAUAUAAUUACAUUAUCUGAGAACUUUGUGCUUUUGCCAUCUAAAGCAGUUUCUCAUUGCAUCCUCAAAACAGUACUGUAAACAUAUUUGUAGAAUAAAAGUCAUUUUGAAGUGUGAAUGCCUUUUUUUAAAAAAAAACAAUAACAUUUAUUUGCAUCGGAAAUGUUGAUUUAUUGUAAUUGUCUUCACGUUUUAAAAACUCCUUCACUACUGCAAAUAUUAUUCUAAUUCAUUAUGUACAAAUUUUUCAUUCUAAACUAAUUUGCAAGGUCAAGUCAGGUAUUCUUAUUAUAUGUCGCCUUAUUUCAAUAUUGGUACACCUGCGAUUGUGUUGAUUUUGAGAUGUUUAAUAUAAAUCAAUUGUAAAUUCAGUGGUGGGACACCUGAAAUAUUUCAGUCAAUGACUUUUUUCAAGAAAUUAAUUUUUCUUUCAAAUGACUCAUAUGAAUCUGAAAGUGUGGAUAAAUUACAAUUUUUUUUUUAAUGUGGAGUUGUAUGCUUAUUGAAAUACGACCUUCAUAAAUUAAAAUUUUCCACAAAAUUGAUGUGUGUUAGUGUGUAUUUGUGCUUCCACCAUAGUGUACAGGGUUUUGCAUCACAUGGUUGUACACAGCAAGGCAUAAUGCGACACAACCUUGGGUGACAAACUGAUGCUUACAAGAUAGAGUCUUGCCGUGGUGCUGAUGGGACCCACGAUCCUCUCCAGAUUAGAAGUCACCGAGGACAUGUGAGCAGUGGUGGAUACUUAAUGGGGGGCGCAGGGGAUGCUUAAAAUGUCUUUUAGCCCCUCGAGUGUUUUCUGUAUCCGCCACUGCCUGUUGGAGGCUGUGCUCCAGAAAAAGUCUUUCCCAACAUUUCAGGCAAGCCUCAAACCAUAAUAAUUAUGGCAUGGAAAAUACCAAUAAGGAUACAUUUUGAACUUUUUUUUACAUAGUUCUUGUUGAAUAAUUUUAUUAAAGUGCAAACAAAAGCACUUAAACAUUAAUAAAUUUUAUUUCAUAAAUAAUUUUUUUUCUCAGCUAAAAUAUGUUUAAUAUAAAAUUAAAAGGUAUAAAAUAUCAUAUGGAUCUCUUACUGAUGCUCUUAAAGAGCAUUCGUGAAAGUACUUGCUUAAUUUUUACACAAGGUUGGUGUCACUUCUCUUACAAGAAAUGUCUAGUGCAUAGUUUCCUAAACUGAAGAAAUCCUUAGCCCUCUUGACUGUCAAUAACUUUACCUUUACUUUAAUGAACUCUUUGGAAAAAAUUUUGACAAUCAAAUGGGCCAGAGUUCUUCAGUUUAGGAACCUUCUGUAACAACUCUGGUUAGUGCCCUCCCCACUUUCUAAAUAAAGUUAUUUAUGAUUUAUUAUGUUUUAUAUGAUUUAAUAACUAGCUUUUUAUCCUUUUGAGAAGUAUUUGGGCAUGUGCAACAUGUUUAAUGAUAAUGAUUUACAUGAGGUAAUGUUGUAAAAUAUUUCUGAAUUUGUUUACUUCCAUUUAUCUGUUUAGAGUUGUUUUUACAAUUUUUUUACUGGUUGGUUUAGUUUUAUGUGAGUUCACGUAAUUUACUUGUGUAUUUUUUUUAUGGUUUCUUAUUUUUAAGCUGGCUGAUGUAAUAGUUUGCCAGUUACGUGAGCAUUGAAUAGAGACAGAGUACUUGUGCAUUGGAAAGAUGUGAUUUGGUUGAAAUGUUGAUAUUUGGAGGCGUAUUUUUAUGUUUGGUUAGAAAUUAAGUCACAUGGGCACCUUUGUCUUUCUCGGAAGAGAGGGCGCCCAUGGAGUCAGUCAGCAUCUGUGCGAGGUAUUGAGAAGUAGCAUGUCGGGCGGUGCCUUAGAAUUAAUAUAUUGAUGUUGUGGAAGAGAGAAUUUUUCAGCUACGCCAAACUUAAAUCCUUUUUCACAUUUUGAAUUAGAAUUUUUUGAUCACAGUCGGUAACAUCCCACAACGUAAAAGAGUAACUUUGUCAUUGUUCCAAGGCUUUCGGCUUGUACUGUGAAUUGCAAGUAACCACUCGAUUUUCUUGCGAACAGUAUGUAAUUUUUCCAUUUUUGGUACCUACCAAUGUACAGUAAAUCUGUUUUCAGUCAGUGAUGUAGAUUUUGUGCAAACAAUUUGUAUUUUCAACAUUUAUUUGUUUUCAUGGUCGGAAUAUGGUAGCCAUGGUGAUAUGUGAAUUUUUGUGAAGGAUAAAUAGAAGUGUUAAAAAUCAGUCUGUGUCAGAGUCAUUAACAGUAACAUAUAUAUAUUUUUUGGAACUUAAAUUUUUUUCUCAACCCCCAAUUAAUUUCUUCAAGUGUUCAUGUAUGUACACUCCAGACCAGCAGUUCUUAAAAUAUGUUCCGUGGGACCCUGGGGUUCUGUGGCAGGGUCGUAACAGUUCCAUGAGUCAAGACGAUUGUCACAUAAAGCAGGCACAAUUAUUAUUGUCAAAUAACUUUCUUUGAAAGAGUUAGGGUUCCGCCAAAAGAAAAGUUAAUCUUAGGGUUCCCUGGCCAAAAAAAAAAAAAAUUUGGAACAGCUGUUGAACUAGCCAGAGGUCUGAAGUGUAACACUAUGCAACAUUUCUUGGAAGAGAAGUGAUACCAAGCCUGUGUGAAAAAUAAAGCAAGUACUUCCACGAAUGUUAGUUGUUCUUUAAAAAGUCUACACAUUCAUGAGUACAGAUUGUAUGUCUUAGUUUAAUUUUACCUUUGAAAACAUAAUAUUUACUAAUUCAUACUUAUAAACUGUAUAUUUACUUUGUCAUAUUAAUAAUAUUCUAUUUAGAUAUUUGAUGCAGAUGUAAUAUUCAAGAGGUUAGUUUUAAUAUUUUUCACCUUGUUUGUAAUUUUUACCAGAUAAUUUUACAUGACAAGUAAUUUUAUUGGAAAUUCUAAGUUUUAUUUUGUCUUUGGAAAUACUAUGAUGUGUGGCAUCUAAGUUAGCGUAUGAUAUUGUUUAUAUUGUUAACAUAGCGAAUGUAGUAACUUUAUUUUAUAUUUUCUCUGAGAUAUUUCUUUAAGUAGUUAGAUAUAAAUUCAGACAAUCUCAUUAUAAUUUCUUGAACUUUUGCUAUUAGUGUCUAACUUAACUUCAUUUUACACAAGGUUCAGUAUUAUAUGGGAUAAAAUAUUGUGUUUUAUAAUGUAAAACAAAUGUUACAUGUAUUUGUUGAAUAUUGCUUGUUGAUUGUACGAAGGGUGCAAGAAAUAUAAAUAUUUUGAAUGUUAUUUAUAUUAGUGCAUUUUUUACUUGUAUAUGUAUAUCAGAUCAGGAAUUUUUUUAUUAUUUUUUAUAAUUUUGAUAUAAAGCAUCAAUUUUAUUUUAUGGUUGAGAAUACUUCAAAUUUAAAUGUAAAGCAUGUGGUCAAAUACUCAUAGAACAAUAUAUUUCUGACUUUGUUAUUUCCUUAUAAAUUAUUAUUUUCAAGUAUAAUGAAACUUAAUGUAUCAUUUGAGAGAUACAUUAGCAUCAGUUAGAGGACCAUAGUAUAUUUAUACUUUUUUUAAACUAUCAAGCAUAUCUUAUCUGCGAGAAAUAAACAUUUGAAUGACUUUGUUUGCACUGAUGGUAACAAAAAUUGCUGGUUUAGGUCAGAAAUGAAAAAUGUUAGUUACUGCUAACAAAAUUUUGCUAGCGGUGUGUAUUUUUUUUUGUGUAAAUAUAGUUAUGCUCUCAUUUAUGUAGUAUGUUUGUAAAGUUUAAAGUUUGUACAAACAUGAAAUACCUAUUUUAAAUAAUAUAUUUAUUUUUGAAAUACAAUUUGUUCUGAUUUGUUUAUGUAUAAAUAAUUUACUAAAAUUUUUAUGGGAUAUCUGAGAAUAUAUUCAGUUCUAGAAGUGCAGGACUAGCAGUGGUCCCUAAUAUUCCCUUGAAGGCCCUAUUUUUUUAAGUAAGUCCCUAAAAGGUUUCUAAUUUUCAUUCAAGUCU